UGCUGCUCCUGCUCCGCAUUUUCUUAUCGCGUUCGCGUGCUUUCUUUCACCUGAGCAUCUCCAUCCGCCGGCUAGUCGUGUGUUUAUUGCAAGCAGAUCGGAAGCCAGAUCGGAAACUCAGAUAUCGAAGUUCAUUUCCGUGUGAACCGUGUGCUGUUCGGAAAUCCGUUAAUCAAAAGACAGCAUAAAAGUCCAUUGCAAGAGGACAUUGUGAGUUCAAGUGAAUUUCAAUAGUGAAAAAUGAAUAUAAAAUGUAAUUCCAAUACAACAAAUUCAACUGGCGUACGUCGACAAGGCAAAUUGUUUCCCACGGUUUCGUAAAAUGCAUUUCGAGUCAUAAAUUAAUUCCACCGAUAUACGUAGAGCGUGCUACUAACUAAAUCGUUUAAAAUGGGCGAUACUCUGGACGAGACGCCGCCCACGCGACGCGACAAGCCACAAACAUUGAACAUUGGCCAGGAGGAGCAGGGAUCGGAUCCCGCUUCCACCAACACCACUAACACCGCCGCCCCCGUGUCCUCAAUCGCCAUUCCCGCUGCCCGCGUACCGCGCCACCGAUUGCGUCACGCGGAUCGGGAUCGGGAACGGGAUCGGGAUCAGAAACGGGAUCACUCGAGCGACGGCCUGGUUUCGAGCGGCGAACUGCGGGACGAGUUCAUGGGCAUCGAUGCCCAGCCGCGACGCGAGAGUCUGAAUAGCUGCGAGGUGGGCAGUCCGGGAACGAUGUCCUCCGGUCUCGGCAAGGCGGCGCGGCUCAACAGUUCCAGGUACCCGUCCGGCGGCACAGGUGCCAUUGGCCUGAGUGUCAUGGGCAACCUGGUGGGCACCACCACCCGCAAGUGCGUCCUCACGCUGGACGGGUACUCCUAUGUCAUAGUUGCCAGCACGCCGGAGACUUUGCCCAGCAAGCGGGACGAGGCAAGUGGUGGGGCGGGCACCACCGGCGGCACAAGUGGUGCGGCAGCGAGCAGCAGUGGUGCAGCGAGCGGAGCGGCGAGUGGGUCAGUUGGCCCUGCAAGCGGAACGGGAACGGGAUCGGCGUCCGGAGGAGCAGGUGGUGUCAGUUCGCCGGCACAGGAAGCCGCCAGUCCCACGGUCUCCGAGCUCAGUGGCAGUGGCUCAAAUGCGACCAUAAAUGGUCAAGUGGCAAGACACGGCUCACUGACGAUUAUCCGACGCACCAACAGCCGCAACUUCAACCAAUUCGACGGCCAACUGGCAUCGCCCUCAACCACCGCCUGCAGCAGCACAGUGCCGGGAAUUGGCUUCGCCCAGACGCCGCUCAGUGAACCACUUGCGGACCGACUGUGCUUCCGUGCCGGUGGCUCCAACGGAUCCGCGUCCGCCGGCGACAGCCGAUCCAGCAAUCAGGGCCCAUCGAAUUCCGGACCAGCCGCCAACGCAGCCGCCGCCGCCGUCGCCGCGAAAAUGCAACCAUCAUCGCCGAAUGCCACCAACUAUCUGGCCGAUAAUAUUCAGAUCUCGUCGGCCAAUCUAUCGCAAACCGAAAUGGUCGUGGGUCGCGAUUCGGCCGACUAUACCGCCAUGCACUCGAUAAACGUGGGCGUCGGCAACAACUCGUUGCUGCGGGGCGACACCGAUAUUCCGCAGGAGUCGGGACACUCCUUCGAAACGCCCUCGAAUAUGUCGUUCGCCGCCGGGCAAUGGGAUACGGAGAAUUUGCCGCCAGUCGACACGCCAGAUGCCCUUAACAAAGCGGCCGGGAGAAUACGCAGUCUUCUCCGCCGCAUGGAUCAUGAGGCCGUGGCCUACGAGGACAUGCAGCGGAAUCUGCACUACGCGGCUCGUGUGCUCGAGGCCGUCUUCAUAGACGAAUCAAGAAGCCCCACAACAGGUAAAACAAAGUUGGGGCAGAUUGCGUCCUCAUCCGUUGAGAGCGAAGAAGGGGGCUGCAAUGGGAACUGCAAGAACCUGAGCUGCAAUCGCCACAGCCACGGACGAGAUGACCAGCAGCAGGACAACAACAACUCGAACAGCAGUUGCAGCCUGCAGGAGGCGACGCCUGGGGGAGCAGGAGCAGGUGCAGGUGCAGAUGCCGCUGGAGGUGGAGGUGCAGAUGGAGCCGACAACCAGGACAGCAUAGAGAGUCGCACCAAGGGCGUUUCCCAGGCCCCGCAGACCCACAGUGGCCCAACGGGCCCACCACCAUCCGCAUCCACGAGCGAAACCAUCGCACCACCUGCCCCUAAGCUUCAACCCGCCCUGGAAACCGUGAGGGAAUCGGUGAUGGAGGAGAGUCCUUCGAAGGACCCCGGCGACAAGGGACCUGCACCACCGACCACCACCACCACCGCCACCACCUCCACAUCCAGCAGCUCCACCAGCGCAACCACAGAGCCAAGUGCCAAGGCGGCCGAGAGUCAGGUGGGAAGUGCCGGCAGCAGUGGCAGUUGCAGUAACCCAGCGGCGGUGCACCGGCAACGGCGCCUAAGGACACCCACCUGGGCCAGGUCCAUGUCGACGAACAAAACGCGCCUGGCCGACGAGGACGAUGAGCUGUCGGAGGUGCAGCCGGAUGCAGUGCCGCCGGAGGUGCGCGAGUGGCUGGCCUCGACCUUCACCCGCCAGAUGGCCACCAGCCGGCGCAAGAGCGACGAGAAGCCCAAGUUCCGCUCAGUGGCCCACGCCAUCCGCGCCGGCAUCUUCGUGGACCGCAUGUACCGCCGCGUCUCCAGCUCGGCCCUCACGGCCUUCCCACCGGACGUGGUCAGGCUGCUCAAGAACCUGGACGACUGGACCUUCGACGUCUUCGCCCUCACGGAGGCGGCCAGUGGCCAGGUGGUCAAGUACGUGGCCUACGAGCUGUUCAACCGCUACGGCUCGAUCCACAAGUUCAAGAUUGCGCCGGGAAUCCUAGAGGCGUUCCUGCACCGCGUGGAGGAGGGCUACUGCCGGUACCGGAAUCCGUACCACAACAACCUGCACGCCGUGGACGUGAUGCAGACGAUCCACUACUGCCUGUGCAACACGGGUCUGAUGAACUGGCUGACCGACCUGGAGAUCUUCGCCUCGCUGCUGGCCGCCCUGCUGCACGACUACGAGCACACCGGCACCACCAACAACUUCCACGUGAUGUCCGGAUCGGAGACGGCCCUGCUCUACAACGAUCGGGCUGUGCUGGAGAAUCACCACGCCAGCGCCAGUUUCCGGCUGCUGCGCGAGGAUGAGUACAACAUCCUGUCGCACUUGUCGCGCGAGGAGUUCCGCGAGCUGCGCGGCCUGGUCAUCGAAAUGGUGCUCGGCACCGACAUGACCAAUCACUUCCAGCAGAUGAAGGCCAUGCGCCAGCUGCUGACGCUCCAGGAGGCGACCAUCGACAAGCAGAAGGUGCUCUCCCUGGUGCUCCACUGCUGCGACAUCUCGCAUCCGGCCAAGCAGUGGGGCGUCCACCAUCGCUGGACGAUGCUCCUGCUGGAGGAGUUCUUCCGCCAGGGCGACCUGGAGAAGGAGCUGGGCCUGCCCUUCAGUCCGCUGUGCGAUCGCAACAACACGCUGGUGGCCGAGUCGCAGAUCUGCUUCAUCGACUUCAUCGUGGAGCCCAGCAUGGGCGUCAUGUCCGACAUGCUCGAGCUCAUCCUGGCCCCCAUUGCGCCCAUGAACAAGGCCAAGCCCGCCACUCUGGUGGAGCACGAGCCGACCGCCAACUCCACGACCAACUCCGCCAUCGUGAUCCCCAACUCGGGCAUCACGCCCAGCAUGGAGAAGCCACGCGAUCGCACCGAGGCCAAGACCACCGCCGCCGAGUGCCUCGCCCGCAAGAGUCUCACCGUCAGCGCCGCCUCCAAGUUCAACAUACCCAAGCCGUGGCUCACCUGCCUGGUGGAGAACAAGCGGAUAUGGAAGGAGCAGGCCGUCAAAGAUGCCGAGGCCCGCGCUUUGGCCACCGCAGCGGAAGAAGCUGCAGCUGCAGCAGCAGCAGCGGCGGAGGAGGGCGAGGGGGAGAGCAAGCCGGAAACGGAAGCGGCCGAUGGCGAGCAGAGUGAGGCUGCGGCGGAGCCGGCAGAUGGCGCUGCCGCCUAAGGGGGGCCAGUGCGCCACCUGUCGGCCGGCGGCCAACGGCAAGCUGAAACGGAAACGAAAACGGAAUGAAACAGAACACACAAGAGGACACGUUGAUGGUUACACUGAGAGAAAGUGCGGAACGAACGAGACGAAGCUGCAAGAAUAUUGUUUACUAAGCUUAGAAUCAGCCUAGAAUAUUAACAGAUAACAAAACGCUUCAAAUGCGCUCUCUAUGUGAAUUGUGGUAGAGUUAGACUAGCGUACAUCAUCUACAUACAUAUAAAUAGGCUUAGUUGCGGUACACUAAUAUUGAUAUAUAUAUGUAUAAAUACUGUACACUGUAUACUGUACAGUGUACACUUUGUUGUUGCAAGCGGGAAAGCUAAUUGAAAAACAGAAGAAAACCUAUGAAAAUGGCCAGGCACAAAUACAAACGAACAGAGGAAAAUAAACGCGUAGAUGUAAAUAGCGAGGAGUUCAACUGGAAUUUGUUGUGAAUUUGUUGGUUCGUUGCGAGCAUUUAUAUUUAGAAUUCAGUUGUACUUGUACUUCGUUAGUUUUAGUCAAAUGUGGAAUUUAUCGUAUGAUUUGUAUAAGUUCGAUGUACGCAAUUUCGUUCUAAUUAAAUACAUAUAUAUUUUUGUAAUCGUUUCCACCUUUUAUUUGCCACCUUACUUUUCGUGUUUUGUGUGUUUUUGUGUGUUUGCAUUUACCAAGCAUUCGAAUUGCUCAAUUUGACGAGUGGUUUUCGUGAGAAGUGGUGACAGACUCGACGAUCUGUCUAGAUAUUAAGUACCUAACUAAAAGCUAAACCAAAAAAUACCUGACAACUAGCUAUACGACUUGUAUAUACUCUCCAUCACACCAACCCCAGCCCCUAACAGACUUUUCCUGAAAAAGAAGAACUCUAGAAACCAAACGAAAGCGAGGAUUUCGAAAACUUUCCACUCUACAAAUGCACAUAGCUACCUACACGAUGGGAUAUAUAAUAUUUAUUGUUAAGGAUAUAAUAGUCACGUUUCUACAAAACAUAUUUAUUUUUAUACGUGAGCGCGGGACAAAAGUGAGAGCAGGAUGUUGGGGGCUUGAGUCGCAGGAGGAUUUGAUUUCCUUUCGUUUCGGUUUUUCUUUUCCUUAAUCAACUUGAAAUGUUUUCAAACGUUUUUCAAAAUGUCUGAUAGCGGGACCAUUCUUUUAAGAUUUACCACUGCUCUUUACCAUUUGAGCAGCAGGCGAAAAGCGGCGGAAAUGAGGGAAAACUGAAGUGGAAAAAAGUCGAGGAACAGCAGAGACAGCAGAGAGUCAAAGGGCAGUGGUAAAAGUGCUUAGCAGUAAGGUACCAAAUUAUCAGCUGAAAUUGGGAUCAUAGCUUUAUUAAGGUAGUCGAUAAAUGUACGAAAAAUCGUGGUGCAGAUGCAGAUGCAGAUGUGUAUAGCGGAUGUCUACUAGUAGCCAUAGCCACAAAUUAAAGACAAACAUUAAUCUACUCCUAGCCCACCCACUAAUGGGAUAAAUAUAGCGCCAGAAUACCAAAUACCGAAUACCGAAUACCUAUUAUGCGGACCGUAAAUAUUAUUGAACAAACAGUGUGUGUUAGUGUAUAUCAAACUUGAACGCUCAAAGCGAUGCGCAUAUAAAAUACAUAUAUCGUAUGUGUAUAGCGACCUCUCUCAAAAAUCUGUACAAAGUCCUGAUUAAUAUAGCGCUAGGCUGCAGACCUUCAAAGGAAACUGAAAAAGUUGUUAUUUAUCUCUGUUGAAAUUGAGAAAGCCAUGAAAAUGAGAAACACUACUAAUCGAACGUAUGCAAACGGAUAUAUACAUACAUAUAUGAGGUUUACGAUUCAAUGUUAUUAGCAAAACGUAGUCUAGUAGUAUCAUUAACACACAUAGACAUACUAUAUUAAAUAGUUCCGGCCGAUGUGCAAACUUGUUAUCGAGAAACAUAGCUGAUGGAACAAUAUGAAAUACACACUUGCAUACGGUAAAUAAGUUGAAAGCAAUCAUUACAUUUAAUAAUAAUAAUAUGAACUACUUAACUAUAAAGCCCCCCAAUAAAAUAUGAAAAAUACAUUUUGUGUAAAUACAACUUGCACAGGAUGCAAAAAGAUGUAGUAUAUUAGCGAAUGCACUCUAACUAAAGGGAAUAAAGUAGCCAUCCCACACCAAAAACAGAACAAAAACCGAAAUCGCAUAUUACUGAGAUCUGUAAAUAACUUUGUUUCAUCUGUUCAUUUCUAGCCCAGUUAUUGAUAUAUCGUAUAAGCAAACUAAUUGUGUACUUUACAAGUUUUCUCAAAACAAAAGCCUACUAAUGAGACGUUUUUAAUUUUCCUACUAUGUUAAACUCAACAUUUAAUAUGCAUAAACUAACGGCGAUGGUCUAAAAUUUGCAAACAAAUAUUUGAGAUAAAGGGUAUAUGGCUGAGAUGUAUGCUUAUUACGAAAUACUUUCAAGUACAU